ACACACACACACACACAGACAGCAUUAAAAUUUCCUAUACGCAAAGACAUAAUCAACAGCUUUUUGAAACAUGAACGACCGUGGUAUUCUCAUUGUAGGUGCUACCGGCAAGCAAGGCCAUGCGACAAUCGCAGCACUUGAGGCAUUACCGCCACAAACCCCACCGAUUCGGAUUCUCGCUCUCACACGAUCUUUGGUCUCACCAAAAGCUGAAGCUCUCAAAAAAGAGUUCCCGAGCAUCGAUCUGGUGGAAGGAGAUCUAGCGGAGCCUCAGCCUAUCUUCACUUCCCGUCCAGGCAUCACCUCGGUCUUUCUAGUUACCGUCCCUCCGAAUGAUGAGCAACAAGCGCUCCCGAUGAUCGACGCGGCAACUGCGCAUGGUGUAUCUCACAUUGUGUUCAGCAGCGUCGAUCGAGGCGGCGAGAGCGCCAGCUGGGAAAAUCCAACGACAGUUCCACACUUCGCAGCGAAGCACAGGAUCGAAUUGUACCUAAAAGAGAAGACACAAGGCACUUGCACUGAGUGGACAAUCUUGCGACCUGCAGGCUUCAUGGACAACUACAAUCCUGACUUUUUUGGGAAGAUGAUGGCGGGGCUAUGGGCGACGAUGCAGGCUGAUAAGACAAUGCAACUUGUGAGCGUGCAGGAUAUUGGAAUUGUUGCAGCAAGAGCGUUGACUAAUGUGCAAAGUUGGAAGGGGAGAGCUCUGGGUAUAGCCGGGGACAAGUUAACAUUUACCCAAGCAGAUGAUGUCUUUCAAACAGUACGUGGACACAGAAUGCCUCGAAUCUGGGAUAUACCUAGUCGAGCGUUGAGAUGGGCAGUUGAUGACGCAAAAACGAGUAUGGACUGGUUCGAGAAGGAGGGAUUUAAAGUAGACAUGGAGGCACUCAGAGCGGAAGGCUUUGAAGUUCAGAGUUUUGAGCAGUGGUUGAGAUCUACUUGAUGAAAACAGGAUUAGCAACACUUCUUUGGGUUUCUUUAUAAGUGAACUGCACUUGCCGUAGGUGGUAAAGAGAGCAUUCUAUGUACUUAAUACGAAUCAGUCUUCAUCUGGGUACUGUGA